CGGCGCCACGGGCAGUUGAGUUGCACAACCGCCACAACCGCGGGCAGCUGACGAGAAAGGCAAGUGUUGUUUGUUCAAGAAUGCUUCCGCUCGCCCAUCUCCUCUUGCGUCCCUCCAGCCUCAGCCAUGCUGCCCGCCGGCCGUUCUUUACCCUCCCCGACCUGUCGAACCUCUCGCCGUUCUCCCAGCCCAGCGGCUCAGAACCGGAACCACAAACUUAUCAUGAACGGAAGAUCCUUCCCUACAAACAGAGCCAGCUGUACAACGUCGUGACAGAUGUAGAUUCGUAUCCGCACUUCCUGCCUUUCUGUAUUUCUGCCCGCGCCCUCAGGCGCGUGCCGGCGUCCGAUGACAAGCCGCUGACCAUGCAAGCCGAAAUGACGGUCGGAUUCCUCUCGUUCAAGGAGUCUUAUAUCAGUGACGUGACAUGUCUUCCGAACCGGUCUGUAGAGAUUGCGGCAUCGUCAUCGACCCCGCUCUUCCGGACGCUCAACACAGUCUGGCGCUUCCAGCCAGCGUCGUCCGACUCGCCACACCCCAGCAGCAGACCUCCACUAUCUGGACCAUCCUCGUCAGCGAUUGCGUCACAUAACUCCCAGGAUGCGGCAGAAGACAAGGGCCCAACUUUGGUCACGCUUGAUCUCGCUUUCUCCUUCGCGAACCCAGUACAUGCUGCAGUGUCUGCGGCAUUCUUUGGACAAGUCUCGAAAAUGAUGGUUAAGGCCUUCGAGGAACGAUGCCUCAUAGUAUAUGGACCAGGAGAACAGUAGGAGAAGCGACGGUUUCCCAUACCCACGGACGGCCUGAGAUAGUAGAUGCACAUGCCUCUUGGCUAGCACGUCCCACUGUACACUGUCAAUGAACUGACACGUAUGCGCACAACACUUGUAGCCGUUGUCUCUGAAUCACAGUACUCGUGGAUCCCAGUUUGGGCAUGGAUGCGAGGUCUGCGCCU